AUGGAGCCGGCACCCAGCGGGCCACUGUUCCAGACCCCGCCUCUCCAUGCCGUCAACCAGCUCUUCGACUACGCCUCCUUCCUGUGGGAUUCCGGUACUGGCACGGGUGACAUCUGGCAACAGAUGAGCCCAGCCGUCACUGCUGGGCAGGGUGUGACGUUCGACGCGCUGGCUCAAAACGGGCAUAAUCCCGUUGUCCCCGCGGCCACGAUCAACUCAUCGCCCCAGGCCAGCAUCAAUGUCUCGAUGCAGGGUAGAUUGGUACCCAACAGUUAUGACAACUCGGAGCCGUCAACAGUUCCAGAUACCAGCUGCACCGGCUACGCCGACCAAGACGACCUGCUCGUGCCUUCCGAGACGGUAGCGGUGGAGAACCAUCGUCUCAUGGAUUAUUUCGCCCACGCUGUUACGCCUCCCAUCCUGGCUGAAGUAGAGACGCAGAAAAACUGGUUUGCUAUGCGGCAGGUCUUGGUCGGGAUGUCCAACGCAUCUCGCAUGAUACGAUGGGCCAUCCUGGCCUUCUCUAAUCUGAUGCUCUGCCGUCGCGAUGGGAACUGGCUGGCAAGUCAGCAGAACCACUACGACAACGCCGCCGCCGAGGUGGCAGCGUACGAUGAGCACCCGGCUGAGUCAUUUCUCAAGCAGAGCAUUGACCGUACAAACCUGCUGGCAACCCUAUUCUUCCUAAGCUACGUUGACAUCCUAGAAGCCAGGAUAAAGACUGCUCACACCCAUCUCAAGAGGGCCUACAACAUCUUCCAGCACGGAGACAAGGCGUCUUUCACCCCGAUCGAGAAACAGUUCCUCCUCUGGAUACGGCUCCUCGAUGGCCGAGCUGUGAGCGCCGGCGGCGACGGCCUCUUCCUCGAGAAAGACGAGGAGCCUCUCCUCGUCGAUGUCUCGUCUCCCAACAUCCUCAAGACCGCCACCGGCCCCGAGACCAGAGAAGACGAGCUCGCCGACGACGACAUUGAGGACACCCUCUUCCAGGUCCUCUACCAGCCGGGUAUUCUCUUCUUUCAGAAGGUACAGUCAUUUAUGGGCAGAAUUUCUAAAAUCGAUCCAUGGCACCGGCCCCGCGGCACAGUUGAGGACGAGACGGAGGUUAUGAACACGGGGCAGGCAAUCGCGGCGGACCUGCGGGCACUAUACGAGCAGCGACCACCUUUGAUGGAUAUCGCCGUCGCAGGGCGCCUAACGCCGCCGCACGUCUCCGCACACCUCGCGUCCGUGGUGACGCGGGCCUUCCGCACGUAUCUGUCCAACUACUACGCGAGCAAAGUACAUCUCCACCGCGUGGCAUACAAGGCCUUCCCGCUGACGGCCGAGGCGGGCGACGCGCUCGCGCACAUCCGGCGCCUCGCGGGCCUGCUGGCGGAGGGCCUCGACCGCGAGGACGACGCGCUGCCCGUCAACAUGCUGUGGCCGCUGCUGAUGCUCGGGUCCGAGCAGGAGCCGGACGCGGAGGAGCGCGCGUGGGUCAUGAGCCAGAUCCUGCGCAUGGAGAGGGUCGCGGGCAACGCGAAGAUCACGGCGCAGGUGCUGGAGGAGGUCCAGGCGCGGCAGGACGCGGCCAAGGAGAGGGUUGACAUCCGGUCCGUCAUGCACGCCAUCUUCAACCGGUGCUUUGCUAUCGUCUAG